AUGGGAAAAUUUGGAUUCAAUUGUCAACUGCUCCUAUCGGAAAUCGGAUUUACUACGGAUUUGAACCAUAGCACAUGCUUUCAUAAAAGCGUACGAUUUUCCCGAUCUAAAUCAAGCAGGUUUUACAUGAAGAAGAUUUGGCUCGGCAUGUUCUAUUUGAUAUAG